AUGGCAGAAUCAGCGACGCAGAACGCCUCGAACACCGAAGCGCAGCAGCAGUCAGUCACCGAUUUCCUGCUGGAAGUCAGCCGGAUUGCCUUCCGUGCGCCUCCACGUGUGCCAGACGAGCCCGAGAUGUGGUUUAGCCAGUUGGAGCACAGUUUCGCCAGCGGAGAAAUUUCCAGCGAAGCCAGCAAGUUCAGUUACCUCUGUAGCAGCUUGGAUCCGCGGUACUCAGUGGUCAUCAAGGACCUGAUCAUCACUCCGCCGACUGAGACGCCUUACACGACGACGAAGGAGGAACUCCUUAAGCGGCUGAACGUGUCGCAAGAUGCCAAGACGCGGAGGCUGCUGGAAGACCAAGUGCUCGGCGACCGUAAGCCUUCGGAAUUUCUACGCCAUUUGCGCGGACUCGGCGGCACAGGCGUCUCCGAGUCGCUACUACGCACGCUGUGGCUCUGUCGUUUACCUACGAAUGUGCAGUUGAUUCUGGCCACGCAGCAGGAUACGCCGCUUGACAAAACUGCACAACUCGCCGACAGCAUCGUGGAGACGAUACGCGGCGCGCCAGCAGUACACCAGCCGCAGAUCGCCGCAGAGACGCCGCAGCCCAACUUGCUGCUCGAGGCGCUGACGACAGAUCAUUUGCCUGAUUUUUCACAAUUCAAUCAAAAUGUCAAGAAUGGUUCCUUGAACUUGGAUGCCGAAAAAACGUUGUUGUUUUGUGAACUUUAUACAGACAAAUGGUUAUUAAAAAAGCCCUGUAUUUUUCCAAUGACAAGUUCGAAUACCUUGGGUAUAGGUAUAUCAUCAGAUGAAUUGGGAUAUCUUAUUUUUCACAGUACUCAAACUGAAUUGUAUGACGAAAAUAAUAUCAUUUUUUUUUUGCGCUUACUUUGGUUACAAGCAAAAAUAUUUUUAUAUCAAGGCGAAGCUGAUAUUUCUAUCAGGACUUUGGAACUAUUACUUCACAAGAUACAGCAAUUCCAAUACAAUUCAAAAAAAUUAGUAAUCAAAUUAAAAAACUGCAGAAGUAAUUCACUUAUCGCAAUGAAAACUGUAGAAAAUUUAUUAAAAUUCAUUAAAAGAAACCAAAAAAUUGGUGAAAUAAAAUUCUUGUACCAAGAAGAAAAAUACGAGGAACUAACAGAUAUAUUAAAGGAUUCUUUUGAAAUGACCAAACAUUCGAAUCCGUGUUUACGUUAUGGAGAAACACCUAUUGAUCGUGCUGAGCAAUUGCGCAUUUUAUUAGAUAGUCUAUGGCAAUUAGAACAAUACGAGGAAUGCUACGUUUGGUCUGAAGCUUGUUUUAAUGAAUCAUGGCGUAGUUAUUUAAAUGUUACCAACUCUACAAAAAAUAACGAAGCGGUUAAUACAUGGAUUCAAACAAUUCUUUAUAUACUCGAAAAAUUAAAUGCAUGUAUUGCAGAAGUCAGUAUCUCCAUAGCUAAACAUUUAUCUGACUCGCGGCGACUAAGACUAGUACAGAAUUUAAUUAACUUAGUUUGCCAUCAAUUAGAGGUGCCUGACCAUCCAACAGUAAUGAUAAUUGAAAGUGUACUGCCUUGGUUAUUACUACAUUACAUUUUACAAUAUGAAGAAGACAAACAUCGUGCAAAGACAGAAAAUACUGUAAAUAUUAAUAAACAGCGUAUAUUGAUUAAUAUGGAAUUCGAUGACGAAGACGAAGAUGUACCUUCUUCUAUUACUAUAUUAUUAAAAGCGCAUGAAUUCCUUGGAAGACAUGGCUGGUGCUGUAUAAAUGAGGGACAGCUUUUAAUUUUUAUAAUGAAACUACUUAUACCACAAUUUCGAUCACCUUUGUACUUGGCAAUUAAAGAAAAAUUAAGAGAACCCUUAGAACAAGUAAUUUAUUGUUUAUAUGGAUAUCCUGACAAAAAUCUUAAUAGUAGUAAAAUAAAGAUAAAACAUUACGAUGAACAUGUCAAAAGUCAUGCAAAGCUUACAUGGGAAGCAUGCGAACUAUUAUUUGAAUUUUAUAGGCCAGAGAUUUUACCAAGUUUUGAAUCAAAACGAGUGGAUUCAAUUAACGCUGAUGUUGCACAUUUAUUUAAACAAAUGUGUAAACUAGUGCCGCAAGGUAGUAAUCCUAAUCAAAUAUUAGAUGAAUUAAAUGCCUAUUUAGUCGGAAAACGAUCAGACUUUCCUUGCAUUAGAAAUCGACUACACAAUAGUCAAAUUGGAUACAUAUAUUAUCUCAUAGCUGAUUAUUAUUUUAAAGCUGUUCCUAAUCAAUCAUGGAAAAAAGCUAUUACUUAUUAUAAAUUUGAUUUAUGUUUACAUCCAAAUGAAUUGAAUUCUUGGGCUGGACUGGCGAUGUCGACAAGUACAUUGAUGGAAACCUGGCUAAAUAAUUUUCAACCAAACAUUAACGAAGAAAGGUAUUUGAAAGAAGCUAAAAUUGCCCAACGUAGUUAUGAGCAAGCAAUUAAUUUAGCUCCAUCCCAUCUUACCAUAUGGACAGAAUUUGGAAAUUUUUUAUAUACGGUUCAUUCAUUUUGUUCACGGUUAUUGAAACAAGAAAGUGACUCGUUAAGCAUGGAAAGAUUUAGAACCAUCGAAAGUCACAAAGAAGAAAUGCUAGAAGAAGCUGAAAAAUGUUUUACAUCUGCUAAUCGCAUUUAUACAGCUUGUCAGGGCAUUGAUGAACCUCAAGAUGAACGAUGGCUUUAUCACUAUAUGUUAGCAAAAAUUUCGGAAAAAAAAAAUCAUGAACCUCUGAUUUUUUUAAGUCAUUAUUCGAAGGCCAGUCAAUUACUGAACGAAAAUAAUGCUCAGUACCCUAAACGUAUUAGCCAUAAAUGCCCUCAAAAUCUUGCAAUCGAAGCUUUAGAAAUUUAUUACAGAAUUCAUGCUAGUAUUUUAAAGUAUUUGGAACAACACGAAGGAGAAUCUAUUAAAAGGUCAUUGGCUACAGUAUUCAAAGAAAAUCUCCACGGCUGUUCGAAAGGUCCGUUUAUCUUGCAGAAUACAGCACUAGUUAGUAUGUUGAAAAUUGAAAAGGAUGAGCCAGAUGAUAAGAGUUUAAAUCAAAAUACUGAUUUAGCUAAAACAGCGUUAUGUAAUGAAGCUGCAAAAUUUGAAGGUCAAAAGAGAUGCAGUGAAUUACAAAUUGAUAACAAUGUAAAAAGAAUGAAGUUGAAUAAUAUUUCUCAUUUAGAGCUUAUGCAGGAUGUGCUUGGAUUAAUAGAUGACUUAAUUACUGAAGUUUGUAACAAUGUAUCUCACGAUCUUGCUAAAGAAGAUCAUCAAUAUAAUGCUGAAAUAAUGCUUUUUUCUAAAACUAAGGAGAUGAAUAGAACCGACCCUUCUUAUAGUACAUUAAGCAAUAUUGAAAUUGCAUAUGCAAGAGAAAGUGAAUCCCGUGACAUUCGAACAUAUCCAGUUAUAAAAAAUGAAACUCUUAAAAAAGGAGUUUUAAAAAGGGCACGAAAUGAAAUGUCAGAAAUGGAAAAUAAUUUUAUAUCAAAAACAUUCGAAGAAUUAAAGGAAAAUAAUAAUCCAACAAGAAAUAUUAGUCGCAGAGGUUCUCAAGAAAGUACAACUACCUCGCAUACCAGUACUACGGGUAACAAUUCAACCUCUAGCAGUAGCGAUGACUCUACUAGUAGUGAUGACACUUCAUGUAGCUCUAGUACGACCAAUAGUGAUAGCGAUUCAAAUAAUAGUGAUGCAGAGAAAAAGAAAGUUAUUUCUGAUCAAGACUCGUCUAUCUCAUAUGAAGACACAGCUAAAAUAGUAGAGAGCUGUCUAGCGGGAUUAGAGCAGUGUGUUCUGAGAUUUCCUGAACAUUACAAAUCAAUUUAUCGCUUAGCUCACUUUUUCUUCUACAAUAAAAAUUAUAGAAAUAUUAAUAAAUCCAAACAAUUAUUGCUGGGAACAUACGAAUGCCAAUUCCAUAAAAAUCAAGUUAUUCAAGGGCUUUUCGUUGAUCGAAAAAACAAUAAUUUUUUUAAUGGGAUAUGGCGGAUUCCUAGUAAUGAGAUUGAUAGACCAGGAAGUUUUGCUUCUCAUAUGUCUAGAUGCAUUUUACUACUUAUGCAAGUACUCAAAGAUACUGGUGAUAGCAAAAAGUUAAUAGAAUUAUGUUUACAACUUCGAAAAACACCAGAUACUGACAAAAAAUACUUAAGAGAUAGCGAAAGAAAACAACUUUCAAGUCAAGCCCUGACUCUAUGCUCGCAAAGUUUACGUAAUAAAAUAAAGAUUGACAAAUCAAUUAAAAUGUUUGAUUCUCCCAAAAAUCAACAAAAACAGGUGUUACUAGAUAUUUUUGAUGUGUAUCAAAACAUUAAAAAUAUACCUGAGUUUGAAUCUGUCGAAUUACCAAAGAUUAGAAAGUUGUUGGAAGAUGCGUACUCAUCAUUGAGUGCCAAUUUCACCGUGCACGGAAAUAUCUUUGAAAUUGCAAUUGAAUUUUGCCGCCAAACAAUUCGAGGAUGUAAAACGAAAGCUACAAGUAAUGAUGUCACCGUCAACUCACGACUCAUCGGAGCAAACGCAAAUAAAAUGUCUUCAUCCGAUGCUGAAAAAUAUAUUGUUCCAAAUUUGCAAGUUACUAGCCAGCAACAAAGAGCUCAAAAGAACGUUAGUGGUGGAAGAUCACGUGGAAGACCGUCCAAUUCACCAAAAUACAUUCAGACAAUGAAUAAUACCCGUAUGGCUCCAAAUCAAACCGAAUUAAAAUCCACUAUUUCUAAUAACUCAUACAUAUCACUUUCUAGCAAUGUGUCGAAUAGUUCUUCUAUAAAUUCAUAUUUAAAUGAAAAAAUGCUGUCUGUAAUGCUUGGAUCAGGUGUUAAUACAAAUAUGUUGGAAUAUUUGAGUCAAGUUGAAAAAUAUCAAAAUGCAGUGAAACAAUAUCAAAAUAACUUAAAUAUGAACUCUAGCAGUGAAGUACACUAUUGUAAAAAAGAAACAAAUCGACAGCUGCCUUACCAAAUAUUAAGUAAUAUUAGUACAGUUGAAAAUUGCUUAAGUUCUGUCAAGGACAGAAAAGAUAUAUCGAUAACACCUGUAGCUUUGAGCAGCAGUAAUAUCAAGCCAAAAUCCGUUGAUUUAUUAUCUUCUCAUGCAACUAGAAAUAAACCAACUAUAUCAGUUUCAGUAUCAAAACCAGAACAGAGGUUGCAAUUUUCUUCUGUAAACCAAACCUCAUGCCCAAUAAGUAAAUCUUCUUUGUUGCCCAUAACUGACGUUCAGAAAUCUUUGUCUAUGCACUCAUUAUCUUCAGAUAUUCUACCAAGCAAUUAUUGUACGACUAAUACUUUAAAGGAUCAAUUUACUAUUUUACCUUCUGAAAAACAUAUAUGUAGCUCGCAACAAAAUCUCUCAUUGCAGCAUAAGCUUUUAUCUAAAAAACAACGCCAACAACUUUGUGAAUCACCUCAACCAUUUCAUCCAGUAAAAAAGCAUAAACCACAUAGAGUAAUUACUAGUUUAGCAAACAGUAGUACUAGUUUAGCAAACAGUAGUACAGCUCCUUAUGCAUUUCCAACUACUCACAGUACAACUGAAGGCAAUAGUUAUUUAAAUUCUGCUAAUACUAAAAGGUUUUCAGGAUCUACACAGAAAUCAAUUCGACCAAAAAUUUCUUUUGAUACUUCAUCAGCUCCAACUGUACAAAAUAUUAACAAUUCUUUUUGUAUGUUUUCACAACUUCAGCAGCAACCACAUCUUGAAAUAAUUCCUCAAUCCAUCAUUGGACCUAAAACUGAAAACAUAUUCAAAAGAUCCUUUCCCGAACAAAACCAAUCUGAGCUAUCACCUUUUUUAAAAACGGAUAGAACUUCAGUUUUUGAAUUACCAAAACAAACAGUUACCAUCCCUUCGAGUGGUGCAGUGAAAUUGAAGAAACAAGACAAAUCUAAAGAUAACAAAGUAGAAAUUAUAACUUUAGAUGAUUAAAUUAUUCUUAAAUUUUGUUAAAGUUGGUAAUGCAUUAAAUGGAAAAAAAUAUUUUGAAUAUGUCUUUUCAUGAUGUAAAAAGAAAAUUAUGAGAUUAAAAUAGUAGUUUAUUAUUAAUUUACUUAUGUGUAUACUGCAUGAUAAUUUUCAUAAAAUUUUUAAGCGAUGUAUUUUCUCUUUUACUUGAGAUGUUAAGGACUUACAGCUGGUUUAAUAGAAUGAAAUAAAAUAAAAUGUAAUAAAAAAUA